AUGUCGAGCGAGAAGCAAGAUUCAGAGGCAGCGACCUCCCACCGUAUCACUCUCGAAAUCCUGGACACUAUACUAAACGAUUUUGGAGUAUCCAGGGCCAAUGGAAGGUCCACUGUUGAGCUUCGAGGAGCACUUCCAAACAUCGAGCAGACCAAGUCCCAGCAUAUCAACAUGUCACUGAUAGGGGCCGUUCCGUCACUGGCAAAUGCAAUCGUAGCGACGCAGAUCUUCGAGGCCCGCGGAGGAGAUCCUCAAACCAUCGCCAUUGAGCUGCAAAGAUCUCACAACUAUCUCGACCCAGACAUUGGCAUGACGCCCACAAUCAAUGGACAGGAAAUCACACUAGAUCUGAUAGCUGGCAACCCCUUUCUUUUCUCGAUUUAUCAAACUGCAGACGGACGACACGCUAUACCUUCUGCAGUUUAUGUUGACCUGGUAUAUCGCUGGAGCACUUUCCUCCAGUGCUCUGUCAAUCAAGUUGAUGUUGCAGCUGCAAUUCGCACGUGGAAGGCUGCAGAUCUCGAAGAAGCGGCAGAAAAGGCCGGUAUGCCAUUCGCACUCGUACAGAGCGAGGAGACAUGGAACAAUACCGAGCAAGGACAGCAUCUAUCAAGACUUCCGAUUGUGCCAGUUAAGAAGGUCACCUCUGCACCACCGAAACCACUUUCUCCCAAUCCGAAACGUCCUCUCGAAGGCAUAAAACUCCUGUGCCUCACACAUGCCAUUGCAGGACCCAGUUCUGGGAGAACUCUGGCUGAGUACGGGGCUUCUGUCUUGCAAAUAAUGUACACUCAUGGCUACGAGCACCCGUUCGUGUAUACCUAUGCGAACCUGGGCUGCGCAUCCUCAAGGCUGGAUCUAAACAAGAGCAGUGAUCGGGAACAUAUGUGGGAGCUCGUUCGCGACGCAGAUGUAUGGGUCGACUCGUACCGCGGCGGAGCGUUGAGUAAGUUUGGUUUCACUGAUGAGGACCUGCACCAAGCGAAUCCCAGCCUGAUCGUCUCACACGUCCGCCUGUACGGUGAGAGUGGUCCAUGGGCAACCAAACCCGGCUUUGACAUGCAAGGCUCAGCGUCUUCUGGCAUGAUGGCGCUGUGUGGCGGUGGACUGAGCACCCCAGUCUGGCCGCCUGGGCAAGUCAUCAACGACUACACGACUGGGUACUACGGCGCCCUGGCCAUUCAAGCGACUCUUCUCCGACGCAUGAAUGAAGGCGGUGGAUAUCUCCUCAGCCCAUCACUGACUGGCACGGCCAUGUCAAUCGUGAAAUACUACAAAACAGAUAACUUCCCAGACCUAAAGCACAACAGGACCGAGAAGCUGCCACCGCGUGAACUCCAAGGAGCUACAGCACUCGGCUUCUUGAAAACACUGCAGCCGCUGCCGCUCCUCAGCAAGACACCUCUCGAGUACGGUCAGCUCUUACUCUCACCCAUGGGAUCAGACCUGCCAAUCUUUCCAGGCAGUAGAGACUCCUACAAGAUCGAUAGGGUCAUGGCCAAUCUGAAGGAAGACGUAGUGCGUUCAUUCACCACAUCUGUAACGAAGAAGACAGAAGAUCUGAAGCGUAUUGCUGCUGCACAUCACGCGGAGGAAAAAUCCCGGACAGCCCAUAGACUUUGA